AUGUCAACGGUUUCUACAGAUCUACGGGUCUACAGGUCUAUGGGUCUACAAGUCGACAGGUCCACAGGUCUACAGAUCGACAGGUCAACAGGUCUACGGGUCUACAAGUCUACAGGUCGACAGGUCUACGGGUCAACAGGUCGUCAGGGUAUCAAGAUUAAAGAAAAUUUUCUAAGAAGAAUAUUGGAGAUUAAGCCUAGAAACGACACAACCUUAAAUAUUUUACUUCUCGGACAAACUGGAUGUGGAAAAUCAUCCUUUGUUAAUGCGUGUUUGACAGCAUUACUACAAGAAGGAAGAGUUAUUAAACAAGCUCCAGUUGGACCAAUGACUGCAGAAAGUUUAACAAGAAGGUUUAUUUCAUAUAAGCUGAAAAUCAAAACGAAUGGUCAAGAUGCAGAAUUACCUAUUCAAUUGUUUGACUCGCCGGGACUACAAAGUGAAGAAAACAAGGGAGUACAUACUGAUGAUAUCAAGAUGAUGUGCAGAGGUUUUAUCAAAUCUAAUUAUUUGAUAAACUCCACGAACCCAAUUCAAUCGAAUAAUGAGAUGUAUCGUAAAGACCCCGAAGAGAAAGACAAGGCACACUGUAUUGUGUACGUUUUUGCAGCAGACGUAAAAGAAUUCGUACACAAGAAGGUUGAAGGACAAUUAAAGAAAAUCAAAAAUGAGUUUAGAGAAGAUAUUCCUCAGGUUAUACUGUUGACAAAAGUCGAUCGCUUAGGAAUUGCGGAUAUUACUCAGAUGUUCAGACACAAGAUGGUAAAAGAGUACUGCAUGAAGGCGGCAGCCAUCCUGGAUCUAUGUGAGAACGAUGUUCUCCCCCAGGUUAGCUACAGCGAUGAAAUGGUCCCAUCUGUUUACAAGGAUUUGGUUACUCUGUUUAACAUCAAAACAAUAAUAGAGAGAGCAAACGAUCGCGUAAAUGGACAAAUUAUCCCCAAUGACAAUUCAGCAAAUGAUUAGCCUUUUGCUAACAACUUCGACAAUAACGAUUUAAAGUA